ACCUGUUUUUAUUUGCACUUACGAGACAAAACUAGUAAUACAUGCUUUAGCCAUGUGUUACUAACUGAAGAUAUUGGUAGAAACAUAUAAUUUUGGACUAAACCGGACCUAUGGCGUGUGUGUAAAUAUAAUUGGCUGGAACAUGGAGUCUUCCACAGUUGCAAAGUGCAAAGCAAAGAAAAGGAAAAACAGCACCCACACAGCUCAGGAGGAGGCUAAGAGAUUCAAAACUGAACAGCGAGAUGAUGAGGUGCUGCAGUGUGGACCUGCCUCUUGCUUGCCAAGGGUUUCGGUAUUGCCUGACUGCCUUCAGCAACCGAUCGGCCUGAAUGAACUGACAGAGCUGCUGCAGUAUGCUGCUCUCGGGAAAACAGGUGGCAUCAAAAAGCCCAGUUGGUGCCGUCUCCGCCAUCACAGAAAGGUUACAGGUGUAAAUGUUGUGAUUGUGGAGGACCUGACACAGAAUCACUUUUACAAACACUACCUCUGUCUGCAGCACCUCAGGACCAGCUACACUUCUAGGGUCACCUUCACGCCAUCAUCUGUAGAUGUAGUAUCUGGAAUCUUGUCCAGUCAAGUUCCCAAACAGGACGGUUUGUCUGUCUCCAAACCAGAUGAGGAACUGCAGGAAGCGAUGAAGAACCACCCAAUCAUCACUAUGUUUGGGACCGAGAGGAGAGGACUAACAGCAUAUGUUCUCACAGAGGAGGAGAUGAUCAAGAAUAACUACCCUGUUAAAGGAAUGCCCGGCUUUGAGGAAUUUGUGUGUACAAACUGCGCUGACUGUGUGACUGACAGCAGCCCCCUCUUUGGAAUCGACUGUGAAAUGUGUGUAACAAAAGAUGGAAAAGAGCUAACUCGUGUUUCUCUGGUGGACGGUGAUGGGAAGUGUUUAAUGGAUGAGCUGGUGAAACCUCCGAACCACAUUCUCAACUACUGUACCAAAUUCUCUGGUAUCACACCUGUGAUGUUGCAACCAGUAACAACGACUCUGCAGGAUGUUCAAGGAAUGCUUAUUAGGAUUUUGCCACAUGAGGCAGUUCUGGUUGGCCAUUCUCUUGAACAUGACCUCAUAGCUUUGAAACUCAUCCACAAGCAUGUAAUUGACACGUCACUGCUGUACAAGAGGGAGUGUGGGCGAAGGUUUAAGCUCAAGGUUCUGACUGGGAUCAUACUGAAGAGGAAAAUACAAACAGAAGAUAUGUUGGGUCAUCAUCCAACUGAGGAUGCUCUGGCAGCCCUGGAGCUGGCCCAGUACUUUAUCAAAACAGGACCUCGCCAGGUUUUAGAGAUUCACUGGACGGCGCUGUGGAGAGAAACAAGAGAGGAGCCCUCAGAGAGUCACAGGUACAACAGUCUCUAUAUUGUUAGCGUGCAGCUCCAGGUGCUUAAAUCUUUCCGAAAUCUGAAAACGCAGCCGUUCUUCUCCGUCCUUCAGUUUUCCACCUUGUCAAACCAUCUGAAGAGUUACUUCCCUCGUCAGGAGCGGCACCAUCAGAUGACUUGCUCGAGACUUCAGGACAUGUGUGUAGUGUUUGCUGGGCCGUUCCCCACAGGCUUCUCUGACGGAGACGUGAAGCAGCUGUUUAGUUUCUGCGGAGCCGUUCGAAAAGUCAAGAUGUUGAACACAGUGGUCAGGGUACACGCAGAGAUUGAGUUUGAGUUGCUGGAGGGAGCGAUGCUGGCGGUAAAAACUCUGAAUGGCCUUAAUGUGCUCGGGCAGACUAUAAAGGUACAGAGGCCGGUGUGUGAGUCAAUGCUAGAUCUGGAUGUGACUCUUAAAGCACUGAUGGGUGACGCUCUGAAUGCUCGUCACCUCUACGCUGUUAAAAUGAACCACAGUAUGACUGAGUGCAUCAGCACUUCCACAAAAGUUAAUGGGCAUGUGUCAGAUGCUGAAUGCUUAGAUGUCACUCCUGUGAAAACAGUAAACGGGCUACUUCCUGCUAAAAUAAACAAAUGGUUGCAUCUCAGUACCUCUAAAUCUGAACUGUGUGAGGAGUCAGUCAGAGAGACAUUUGGCCACUUUGGCACAGUGAAGAGAGUCAUCCUAUCUGCCAAGCCUAAAGAAUCCACAGGACGUGCACGCAUAGUGUUUGUGAAUUCAGAGGACAGACGCGCAGCGCUCAACUCUUCUGAGGAUCUGUGGAAGAAGAACUACCUCAUCUGUCCAUCGCUGACGCCGGUCCAUUUGCCUUCAUGGGUUGGAGCGGAGAUUAAGGCGACAACCCACAGGCACAGCAGCGCUCAGGAACAGCAAAUGGAUGUCGUGAUGAGGAAGCUAGACCGCUGCCUGCAGAAGCUCUUCAGAUUCCUCCCGGCUGGCACCUUGUCUGUUGUUGUUUUGCUCGGACACGCCAGCACAAAUGGUCACCUUCCUGGCUUGUGUCUAAUGGAAGUCAAGCAAGAUUGUUGAGGAGAUGGAGCUGUCGGCUCCAGGAUGCCUGAACCUGUGUCACCUGGAUCAAAUGAAAUCUGUUCAGUAAAGUGAAACCUGAAGGCGUUGGGUUUUACUGAGACUUGCUCUACCUCAGGAAUUGCUUUUUUAGUUUUGUGUAAUGGGGCAAGUUUUUUUUAUGGCCUUGAAAUAAUCAAAGCUGCAAACUAAGAUUUGCCUUUAGUGUGUGGAUCUAAAUUGAAGAACUCCCUAGCCUAAGGGUAUAAUAAAAAUAUGAUGGUUGUCAUUCCAUGAAUAAACAAUAUUUAUACAUUAA